GCGUUUUAAUGGCAGCGCUCGCUGUACAUGUUACGGCACCACCCCCCAGGCCUCCAGCUCUGACGACAGUGAAGUUGCUAGUCGAGUCGGGAAAAAAAUUUAGCAAAGAUUACUGUGGAAACAAUGGCUGCUGAUGGAAGACACGCAGUCAAUAGGCCCCACCAGGCUCGAAGACGGCGACACACACCAAUGAAUAUGCGGGUCUCGCGGCCUGUGUACACUGAGCAAGCUUUUCAGGAAGGGUACGAGCAGACAGAUGUGGAUCAGUCUUUGUCCACCAGGCUGCGCAAAUUUGCCAGCCGCCAGCGGUGCACCCUGCAAGGAGUAAAGAGGUGCUUGGUGGGUCGGUUCCCCAUCCUGGAGUGGUUGCCGGUCUAUGACGUCCGGCACGACUUGCUGGCAGAUGUUAUAUCCGGCAUGACCGUAGGCACAAUGAGGAUUGCCCAGGCUAUGGCCUAUGCUCUCUUAGCAUCGUUGCCUCCUGUCUAUGGUCUGUAUGUUGCUUUCUUUUCCGUAAUAAUCUACUCCAUCAUGGGAACGUCACGCCACAUAUCCGCAGGAACAUUUGCUGUGUUGUGCAUCAUGACGGGUAAUGCCGUAGAUCGAGUUUUGAGUGACCCAUCUUAUACCACGUCAUCAAGCAAUGAUGGGAUGGACACAGACAACGACCUACAAAGGGUCUAUGUGGCCUCUGCCCUUGCAGUAGCUGUAGGCAUUGUCCAGCUCCUUAUGGCUAUACUUAGGCUGGGCUUUGUCACCAUCUACCUGUCAGAGCCUCUGGUUCGAGGGUUCACCACUGGCGCUGCCGUCCAUGUUUUUACCAGUCAGUUCAGGCACUUGUUUGGGGUCAGCAUCGAGAAAUCAACUGGGUUUUUUGCUCUGGUUAAGAGUUACAUAGCGUUCUUCAGUAAUCUGUACAAGGCCAACGUAGCAGCUAUCAUUACAUCAGCCAUCACAGUUGCAUUCCUGGUUGCAGUCAACGAAGUACAGGAUUUCAUCCGAAACCGGGGCACGCACAGGGUGGUAGACGGGGUGAGGCAGCGGGUUCGGCAACCCAGGAAAAAGAUUCCCAUCCCUUCGGAGCUCGUUGUGAUCAUCGUAGGGACGGCUGUCUCUUACACAGGACAGUUUGCCGACAGGUAUGGCAUGGACAUAGUUGGAGAAAUCCCGACCGGUAUGCCUCCCCCUAGGCUACCCCAGCUGAGCUUCCUGGGUGGUCUCAUUGGUGAUGCCAUUGCCAUAGCCAUCGUGGGCUACGCGGUGUCCAUCUCCAUGGCUAAGAUCUUUGCCAAGAAGCAUAAGUAUGAGGUUGACCCCAACCAGGAAUUGCUUGCAUUUGGAACUUCUCAAAUCUUUGUUUCAUUCUUCAACUGUUUCCCGGUGGGGGCCUCUCUGUCACGGUCACUUGUGCAAGAGGUGUCCGGUGGGAAGACACAACUUGCUGGCCUGAUUUCAAGCAUUGUUGUUCUGCUGGUGUUGUACCUCAUUGGUCCUCUGUUUUCAAGCUUGCCAGUGUGCUGUCUUGCUUCAAUCAUAGUGGUCGCUCUUGCUGGAAUGUUCCGCCAGUUCAAAGAUCUGAUAGUAUUGUGGCAGGUCUCUUCCUACGACUUCCUAAUAUGGAUGGUCACAUUCCUGGGAGUUGUUCUCCUGGGUGUGGACAUUGGCCUCGCCCUGGGCGUGGUCUUCUCCCUCAUGACAGUCAUCAUCCGGACGCAGCAGCCAUACUGCACCCUGAUGGGACGCAUCCCAGGCACAGACAUCUACAGGGACAUUAAGUAUUACGAGGCGGCUGAGCAGAUUCCCGGUAUAAGGAUCUUCCGUGCUCACUCCUGCCUCUGCUUUGUCAACGCUGAAUACUUCAAGAACAGCCUCUACUCCAAAGUGUUCAAGAAGAAACAAGAAAGAGACAGCCCCAGCAGAGAGAACGGCCAUACCAUACCCAAUGGGGAACAGUCUCACACCAAUGGAGAGACUCCUACCGUCUCUCUCCCAUCAUCCGAUGUGAACUCGGAAGCCUCCAGCCUGACCGAGACAGCAGUCAUCCACACCAUCAUUGUAGACUGCAGCAUGUUUGGUUUCAUCGACACCGUGGGCCUGAAGACGCUGCAUGCCAUUGUGGCCCACUGUUCCAAGCGAGACAUUCAGGUGGUGUUUGCCAGCACCAAAGCUGCUACAAGAGAGGCCAUACUCCAGUACUUUGAGCGCUGUGAGGACCACAGCGUAGGGCUGGAUCACAUGUACCUGACACUGCACGACGCUGUUCUACACUCCCAGCAUCUGCCAGCUACUCCGACAAGUUCGCCGACCGACAUCAACUGCCCAAACACCACUCAAGUCGCAACACAGGCCAGCACCUCAAUCGCUGCCAACCUGCCAGUGGACCAGUCAGAGACAUCGGUCUGAUAUGGAUAGCUGAACUCCUCCAGAACUUGAAGAAAUGUCUUCCGAAGCACUGAUGGCAAUUGUUGAUACUUGUCUCCUUAUGCCGCAAUAACUCUUGUGGGUAUUAAAAGAAAAAUCAUUGCAAUAACAUUUCUAUCUGAAAUGAAGAAAGUGGAAAGUGUAGCAUUGUAAUGCCACCAUGUAUGCUUUCAAAUUUUAAAAUUUCAUAUUAUUGUCAGCGCUUUGGAUUUUUUGAGGACAAAUGUGAUUUUGUGGUUUUUGUACCCUCUUUAAUGAAAUUUCCCAAACACAAAUCGAGAUGUAGAUACAUGUAAUAAAAAAUUUGUAACAAAGCAGAUCUAUUUUGCAGUUUAGAAAUCAUUUUAAUGCUGUCAAGGAAGGCGCACAUUUAACAGUUACGUAAAUAUGCCAGUUUAGAUACCAAUUUUAUUAUUUUUUUUCUGCCUCCCAAGAAAGAUCAAACAAGAUGAAAUGAAAACGAUUCAGUACUUGGCCAUCUAUUCAUUUGUCCUUGCCCAUUAUUUGGUAGAGUAGUACCUGUCAUCCUUUGUGAUGAAAUAAUUCAUCAUUCCCAAAAAAGUUUGAAAAAUACGAAUACAUGACAAUUAUGUUCUAAUAUUAUGGCUUUUAUGAGUAGUGCAUUGUGCGAAAUGUUGAAAUUGCAGUCACCGGCAAUGCAAAGUGUCAUUUGCAAACUGCUCUGGUCAAAGUCCAUGUUGUCUUUUUGACAAUCCCUUGCAGCCUGACUGACCGAGAGAUAAAAAGUUAAUAAUUGUUAAUAAACAUUCUUGCUUGUUGUCAGUUUGGGCUUUUACACGAAAAUAACUGUUUGGACAUAUCAUUCCCCUUCCUCCCUGAAGUGUGUAAAAUCCGACUUUAACCCUCACUCCCGAGAAAAAACCAUAAACAUUGCAAUCCUCAAACUUUUAGACUCUCCCACCAAAGGCCUUGACCUACCCUUGGUGGGAAAUAUAUGUGUGUGAUGGUAUGAAUCCGGUUUGACCAAACUGUUGCUGCUACUUGCAUUUGAAUUUCAGACUCAUUUUGACCAGCUUAUGUGUUUUAUUUGGAGUAAAAUUGCGCAUUUAUGUGUGGGUUGUUUUUUUUUUCUUUUGAGUUCCUGCCAAUAUAUCUAUUAAUUUAGUGUGUGAUCAAAAUCAGCUUGAGUGUACUGCUGUAUUGAAAUAGUAAGUCGUGUGUGAAUUUCUUUGAUGAAUUUGGGUGAGAAUCCAAAUUAUUAUAUGAUAAAAGGGGUUGAAUAACACAGUAUUUCCUAGAGUUAUUUGGAAGCUGGAUAGUUGGAAAAUCUGAUCAUUUUCCCUCCAGUUCCCCAAACCAAUUAAGUCCCAUUAUGUGGAUGUAGUUAUAUAACAGCUAGGGUGGCAGUAUUUUGUAUGUGUAGAUCACACAGUUCAUUAUAUCCAACUUACGGUGUAGAUAAACCUGGACCAGCUUCUGUGAAGUCAAGUAUUAUAAUGGGACAUCCUGAUAGCCGUGCCAGUAUUUUAAGGAACCAAACUAUAAAACGUCAUUUUACCAAAAUUUAAUUUUUGUAUCCCUUCCCAAUGUGCCCAGUUGUAGUCAUUAUGUAGUGAUGUUGUCACUGGACAUCCACGAUGCCCCCCCCCGGGCCUUCAGUGAUGGACACUAUCGUGCCACAGAACAUUUGUUAUGUACAAUGCCUUUCUCCAUUGAAGGGGACCAUCGGUAAUGUCCAGUGAUAGUGUAAUGCUGGUCACCAGUUUCAUCUGUACCAACGUGUUCUACCUCAGUCGUUGCAGUUUUAGAAGGGUUUCUUGAGUAGUCGUUUUUUUACUGUUUUAUAUAUGCAUGUAUUUCUUUUUAGUGUUUCUAUGUAUUAAUCCUAGUAUGCUGACAAUUACGAUUUUAUAAAGCAAUUAGGUUUAUAUUAUUUAGGAAAGUUUGUCCCUAAAACGUUGCGAUUACCUUUUUUCUCAUUUUGAAGGAAGGAAACAUGUACAUUGACAUUUUGAAAACUUGAAGUUAAUUGAAUUUAACCCCUU